AUGCCUCAGGUUCCUCAAGACGUCUUUAUUGCUUCGGCCGUGCGAACGCCGAUUGCCACGUUCAGAGGAUCGUUCGCCACUCUGACAUCUGUCGAUUUGGGAGCUUUGGUUGGAGGAGAAGCUUUGAAACGAGCUGGUGAGUUUAAUAUUGUUUGUUUGUGUAUUUCUUUAGGUGUUUCUGCUGAUAAUGUGGACGAAACUAUCUGCGGAUCUGUUUUGACGGCUAAUCAAGGACAGAACGUUGGAAGACAAGUUGCUUUAAAGAUUGGUAAGGAUGUUAACAUAGUGUUUAUUAAAUCAAAAUUCAUUACAUACACAUUAUACUUGCUAAAUUUGUACUUUUAGCAAGAUUUUACUUGACUUUUGUUAAUUUUGAUUUUAUAUUGAACUUCUAUUUUUUAGGUAUUCCACAAGAUCGCCAAGCUUUUACAGUCAACAAAGUAUGCUCUUCUGGUCUCAAAGCUUUGAUUUUGGCUACACAAGCUGUUCAACUAGGCUACAGAGACACCGUGCUUGUUGUAGGAACUGAAAGUAUGAGUAACGCUCCAUUCUACUUAAACCGUGGAGAUCAUGGUUACGGAGAUCUGAAGCUUAUUGUAAGUUUUUGGUUGUUUUGCGAACGUAUUUUAUUACUUAUUGUAAUAUAAACGACGUUUUAAACUGUUAACACAUUGGAGUAAUUUUAAUUUUAAGGACGGUAUUCAAAGAGAUGGUAUCAGUGACGCCAUCCUCAACGAUCCUAUGGGACUUUGUGCCGAAAAGUCGGCUAAGGAAUACGACUGUUCUCGUCAAGAGCAAGAUGCUUUCGCUUUAGAGUCUUACUCAAGGACUGCCAAGACAUGGGAAUCUGGAGCCUAUUCGUCAGAAGUUGUAGCUGUUUCUAUUCCUCAACGACGAGGAAACCCAGUAGUUGUGAAGGAAGAUGAGGAAUACAAGAGGUUGAUCAAGGAGAAAGUGCCAACGCUUCCCCCAGCCUUCUUGAAGGAUGGUUCUGGUACUAUUACGGCUGCCAAUGCCAGUUCUCUUAAUGAUGGAGCUGCUUCGUUAGUUGUUGUUUCCAAAAAGAUGGCUCAAUCUGGAAACCUGAAGCCUGUAGCUAAGGUUGUAGCUUAUGCUGAAGCUGGAAGAGCGCCAGUUGACUUUACAGUCGCACCAGUUAAUGCUGUUGAAAAGGUGAGUACUAUAUUGUUUUACACCUUUGGGCUUUUAUUGUUUUAGAUAUAUUUUGUUGUUCAUAACUAGGUUGUUUAUAGUUUUAUAAAGUAUUUUGGUUUACGUAUACUUUUUUAGUUAUUGGAGGAAACUGGAUUGACUAAACAACAGAUCAGCUUAUGGGAAGUUAACGAAGCUUUCUCGGUGACAGCUUUGGCUUUCAUUAAGCACUUUAAUCUAGAUCCAAAAACUGUUAAUGCUAGAGGUGGCGCCGUAGCUCUUGGACAUCCUAUUGGGUACGUUUUAUUGUACUUUAAGUUUAAAAGUCACUAAUUUUUAAAAUAUUUAAAAAUUUUAAAAUCAUUGUGAAGUUAUUACUAUUUUACGAAAAUUUCGCUAAACUAUUUUAUUUUAAAAAUAUUUAUUUUGGUGUUAGUGUUAAAGUUAAAAAAUGUUUUAGUAUGUCCGGGGCUCGUAUUGUAGUAGCUCUUGCUCACCAACUACAACCAGGUCAAUACGGAGUUGCGGCGAUCUGCAACGGCGGCGGCGAAGCGACAGCAGUCUUAAUACAGAAGCUGUAA